CCCCCGGCUAGCUCCCAGUGUGGGGGAGGGGGACAGGAGGCGUUUGGAACGUGCCACUCUCGGCGAGGAAGGGGGGAUUUUUGCUCUCCGCUAGCCUUUCUAUCCCUCCCCAUCCUCGCAAUCCGUUAGUUUCCCCCAUCCCCCGCCGCGAUAGGAAGCCCCGCGCUGCGGCCCUGCUCCCUCCUUGCUGCCUGGCCCGGCCCCUCGAACCCAGCUCUGGACUGAGCGGUUCCCUCGGCCGCCUGAGCGGGGCGCCGCGCCUCGCGGUGGGGCCGGAAAUUCCCGCGGCCUGAGUGGUGGAGCCCUAGCGGGGAGCGCGGCGCCGCCUUCUCCUCCCCGGGCCGGGCGGGGGCGUUGGGCCCAGCGAGGGCUGGACUGUCUGAGUGGGUGGGGUGGGGGCCGUCGCUGCUGCCCGGAGCAGCAGAGCCGGCGGCGGAGCCGGACUGCGGACUACGCGGCAGCUCCUCACCCGCGGCUCGGCGAGCCGGGAGACCCUCACGCCCCCGCUCCGGGCCCCCGCCCCCUCUCGGUCUCCGCCUCCUUCCUCACACACCCCCCGGGCCGCCCGGGCCCCAGGCCUUCCCGGUGCUCCUCCCCUUUCUCUUCACACUCGCUCUCCGACCCAGGUCCUCCAGUUGCCCGCCGGCCUUGCUCCGUCCGGGCCAGUCCUCCUCCUUAGGCGCUCGUUUUACACACACACGCGCGCGCCCGCUCCCUGGGUCGCCCCUCCUCCUUCUCCUGGCCCUUGCCAACGCUGCCGUCGUGAGAGGAUUGAUGUCCCUUCAGCAUCAUGCAGCCACCGCCGAGGAAGGUGAAAGUUACACAAGAACUGAAAAACAUUCAAGUUGAGCAGAUGACAAAACUUCAAGCCAAACAUCAAGCAGAAUGUGAUUUGCUUGAAGAUAUGAGGACAUUCAGUCAGAAGAAGGCUGCUAUUGAAAGAGAGUAUGCACAGGGUAUCCAGAAGUUGGCUAGUCAGUACCUGAAGAGAGAUUGGCCUGGAAUAAAAGCUGAUGAUCGGAAUGAUUACAGGAGCAUGUAUCCUGUUUGGAAAUCCUUUCUCGAAGGAACAAUGCAGGUAGCCCAGUCUCGGAUCAAUAUAUGUGAAAACUAUAAAAACUUCAUUUCUGAGCCUGCAAGGACAGUGAGAAGCUUAAAAGAACAGCAACUAAAAAGGUGUGUGGACCAGUUGACAAAGAUCCAAACUGAAUUACAAGAGACAGUGAAAGAUUUAGCUAAAGGCAAAAAGAAGUACUUUGAGACUGAACAGAUGGCUCACGCAGUACGAGAGAAAGCUGACAUCGAGGCAAAAUCUAAACUUAGUCUUUUUCAAUCAAGAAUCAGUUUACAGAAGGCAAGUGUAAAGUUAAAAGCCCGGAGAUCUGAAUGUAAUUCCAAAGCUACCCACGCAAGGAAUGAUUAUCUUCUUACACUAGCAGCAGCAAAUGCACAUCAGGAUCGCUACUAUCAAAUAGAUUUAGUUAACAUUAUGAAGGCUCUUGAUGGAAAUGUAUAUGACCACCUCAAGGAUUAUUUAAUAGCCUUCAGCCGGACUGAGCUAGAAACAUGCCAAGCUGUGCAGAACACAUUCCAGUUUUUGUUAGAAAACUCUAGCAAGGUGGUACGGGACUAUAAUCUUCAACUGUUUUUACAAGAGAAUGCUGUAUUUCACAAACCCCAGCCCUUCCAGUUCCAGCCUUGUGACAGUGAUACUAGCCGACAAUUAGAGUCAGAAACUGGGACCACAGAGGAGCACAGUCUCAAUAAGGAAGCUCGGAAAUGGGCCACACGUGUGGCACGUGAGCACAAAAACAUUGUUCACCAACAACGGGUUUUAAAUGAUCUGGAAUGUCAUGGAGUUGCUGUAUCAGAACAAAGUCGAGCAGAGGUGGAACAGAAAAUAGAUGAAGCUAGAGAAAAUAUUCGUAAAGCAGAGAUAAUUAAGUUGAAAGCUGAAGCCCGGCUGGACCUGCUAAAGCAGAUUGGUGUUUCUGUGGACACGUGGCUAAAGAGUGCCAUGAACCAAGUAAUGGAAGAACUAGAAAAUGAGCGAUGGGCCCGCCCUCCUGUCGUGACCAGUAAUGGCACUUUACACUCGCUUAAUGCGGAUACUGAAAGAGAAGAAGGAGAAGAGUUUGAAGACAACAUGGAUGUUUUUGAUGACAGCAGUUCCAGCCCUUCUGGCACCUUAAGAAAUUAUCCACUCACCUGCAAAGUUGUUUAUUCCUACAAGGCUUCUCAACCAGAUGAGUUGACCAUUGAGGAGCAUGAGGUGUUAGAAGUGAUUGAAGAUGGAGAUAUGGAAGACUGGGUAAAGGCUCGAAAUAAAGUUGGCCAAGUGGGUUACGUGCCAGAAAAGUACCUACAGUUUCCCACCUCGAACAGCCUACUGAGCAUGCUGCAGUCCCUAGCUGCUUUGGACAGUCGGUCACACACAUCCAGCAAUUCCACGGAAGCAGAACUCGUUUCAGGCAGCCUCAACGGAGAUGCCAGUGUCUGUUUUGUGAAAGCACUUUAUGAUUAUGAGGGCCAGACAGAUGAUGAGUUAUCUUUUCCUGAGGGAGCGAUCAUCCGUAUCUUGAACAAAGAAAACCAGGAUGAUGAUGGCUUCUGGGAAGGGGAAUUCAAUGGGCGGAUUGGAGUUUUCCCAUCGGUGCUAGUGGAAGAACUUUCAGCCUCAGAAAAUGGUGACACUCCAUGGAUGAAGGAGAUUCAGAUCUCUCCCUCCCCCAAGCCGCAUGCCUCCCUGCCUCCACUGCCGCUGUACGACCAGCCUCCCAGCAGCCCCUACCCCAGCCCAGAUAAGAGGAGCUCCCAGUACUUUCCCCGGUCUCCUUCAGCAAAUGAAAACAGCCUUCAUGCUGAAUCACCGGGAUUCUCACAGGCAUCAAGGCACACUUCUGAGACCUCGUAUGGCAAACUGCGACCUGUCCGGGCAGCUCCCCCUCCACCUACACAGAACCACCGAAGGCCAGCAGAAAAGAUCGAGGACGUGGAAAUCACACUUGUGUGAUGAUGGGUUUGUCCAUCCGUUACUGCUACAAUCAAGGCCAGGCUGGGGAGUUUGGCCAGUCUUGUGUUAGGCACCUUUGCAUGAUGAUGACUCUUGAGCAGAGCAAAAACAAGGAGGAUUAUAUGUGACUGGGUGGCCUGGUGGACUCCUCCCACAUUUUGAAUAUUUUGUGCCUUUUUUUGUUGUCAUUUUCUAUGUCAUCUCUCCUGUCAUAGCACAAAUCCUAGUGGACCCUGAGCAGAGAAGGUGGGGCAUCCCUCCUGCCUAACAGUGGUCCAUUUUUAUAUGAGACUCAAGACCAGGCCUCGUUCCAGGACACAGUCACAGAAUUACUGAUCAUGUGCACUUGUACAGUAUAUUACUGUGGCCACAGGAUGUGGCAAAGAUUCUCAUCUUUCUUCAAGUGGCUUUUGCUCAUCUGAUUAGUAUUAAUCAGAUCAUGUUGGCUGUCUAAGGAAACAGAAGGAGGGAUUUCAGGAGAGGCUGGCUCCUCCCCGAGGUUAGUCCCCAGACUGAGAAAGUGAAAAAAGUGGACUGCCCUGAGUUUAGCACCAAUUGCAUUAACGCACAUCUCUUCCACAACUAACAGAUCUAAAAUGAUAACAGUGUCCUUUGUAUUAAUAUCUAUGCCAUUCAUUUAGAAUUAGUCGAGCUAAUAUGGAGGGGCUGAACUAGUAGCCACAUCUUGUCCAUCACAUAGACUAAUAGAAAGGAGGCUACGGCUAAAGCAGAAAUGGAGCUUCCAGAUCUGAAACAAGCCAAUUUAAUGUUCUUUUUGUAUUUGGGUAUUUUUCAUCUUAAUUUUUACAGCAUAUACUCUUCUUACCAGUAUCCUUAGAAUCUGAACGUUUAGAUAAAUUGAGGACACAUACCUGCAUUGUUGAGCUUCUCUAUGGGGAGGCCUCUAGCAUUAUUUUAUUCUCAAGCCAGUGCACCAGUCCAGUCCAGCUGUUACCCAUGGAAAAUGCAGCUUCCAGGUCCCAGUGCUCUGACAUUUUCUUGAGAGGAAGAACCUGUGGGCUCCUGGAGGAAACCAGCUUCCUAUGAGAAGGAAUUGGAGGAUUGCACACCCUGCACAAAUGCAGAUGGACAAGAAAAAGACUUCGUGUGUCCUCGUGUGUCACAGGGAGAGCCAGGAGUGGUGUUCUCUACGGGCCAGCAAGUGCCCAGAGUAGGACUCUGGCUGUCCACUCCUUUGGAAGGUAGGGGGUGUGAUACCUAGGAACUAAGGGAUGUGUGCCAGUUGCUUUUUUUACUUUUGUUAAGAAAUCAGAUUUGCAGAAUUUAAUCCAAAAGUUGUUUUGUGCUUUGAAAACUCCAUCCCUCCUAAGAAUCUUUAAAAACUUGAAAUGCUCGCCAAAUGUCCCCAUGGGAUUUUUUUGACCAAAAAGUAAGGUCAUAACUGAAGCAAUUUUCAGUUAGUCAUUUGAUCACUUUGGUGACAAUACCCAUUGAUGAAUCUUCUUUGUGAUUUUGGGUUUUUUUGUUUUUGUUUUUUGCAUUUCUUAACCUGUUGAUCUAUUUGAGGUCUUUUUGUGUUUAUCAAACUUAUUCUUAAGUUUAAAAAAGAAAUUUAAAGGGUGGUUUUUUUUAAGAUUUAAAAAUUUUCUGACAUACUAAAAAUCUUCAAAGUGCUUAUAAAUAGAGCAGUUCUUACCACCCAGUCUUGUAUUUUCUCGUUAGCUAGCCAAAUUGUCCUUGAAUUUGGGUUUUCCACAACCUCAGAGGGUUAUUUGAAGUCUUUUGUUAUAUUUUAAAAUAUUUUUUGGAAGAGCUGCUAAUUUUAUUUUAAAAAACAAAGGUGUAAAAAUAUGCCUCCUUUUUAAAAAAUAACCCCUCCCUCCAGGACAUGUAACCCAGUGUCACAUUGCACGGGGCAGGGCUCAGAGGGAGCCUCUGUGCAGAUGUGCUUUCUUUACAGUGGCUGUAAAAAGUUUGUAUUUAUUAUGUAUAAAAUGUUGAAUAAUAAAAAAAUGGAAUUAAA